CGAAUAGAAGUCAAUCAUGAAUACCGUAGGUCUGAUAGUGAAUUUCCUUGUAGCGACGUGGGUAAAUAUCAUCACAGGAGCCCCUCUUCUUGUCACUAUUCGAAAUGGAACGCUGGAGGGUACAACCAUGCAAACCAGAAAGGGGCGAGAGAUUGCAGCCUUCAAGAAUAUUCCAUACGCCCUUCCACCUAUAGGAAACCUGAGAUUUGAGCCACCUCAACCAGCGCGAGCAUGGAGCGGAGUGCGAUCCGCCAGUGAAGACGUUCCCGUCUGCUUUCAAGCGAAAAAUGAAAUAUUCAACGUGGAUGGCAAUUAUAGGAUGACUGAAGACUGUCUCUAUCUGAACGUUUAUACAGUAAAAAAACACCAUCUUAAAAAUUUACCGAAGAAGUACCCAGUGAUGGUUUGGAUUCACGGUGGUGGAUUCUACUCCGGUACGAGUCACUCUAGGCUCUACAGUCCCAAGUUUCUUCUUGAUCAUGAUAUUGUUUUGGUGACAAUGAAUUAUAGGGUGGAGGCUUUCGGUUUCCUUAGUACUGUGGACAGCACCGCUUAUGGUAAUCAAGGCUUGAAGGAUCAAGUACAGUCGUUGAGAUGGGUGCAAGAGAAUAUUGCAGUCUUCGGAGGCGACCCAGAUAACGUAACAAUUUUCGGUGAAAGUGCUGGUGCAGUUAGCGUGCAUCAUCUCAUUAUGAGUCCGCUCACGCGAGGAUUAUUCCAUCGGGCUAUUUCUCAAAGUGGAACUAGUCUCAGCCCUUGGGCAAUGUAUACACAGAAAACUGCGAAGGAACGAGCUUUCAAGCUUGCUGCCGAACUUGAUUGUAAAAGCGGCGAUACAAGGGAGGUGGUGAGCUGCCUUCGGACGAAGGAUGCUGAGGCCAUCAUCAACGUUUCUCAAAGAUGGCUGUUAGCAGAGUCCCUCCUGCAACCACACUUCAAACCUGUGGUGGAACCAUAUCAUCAAGGGGCAUUUUUGGUAGAGGAUCCUAUUGAAACUUUGAGGGGCGGUCGAGCGGCCGAUAUUCCUUGGCUGAAUGGGAUCAAUGCCAACGAGGGUUCUCUGGCUGUAGCACCUCUCUUUGGACUUGAUGAUUCAAAUGCUGUGCCUUUCGUCGAUCAACAAUUUUCUGCAAUCAUUCCAUACAUGCUGAUAUUUGACGAAAGUUGUUCGCAGGAACAGCAGCAGAUCGUAGCAGCUAAACUACGACAGUUCUACUUUGGGAAACAACGUAUUAACGAACUUACGAGAUUUAAUUUGAUUGAUAUGGAUUCAGACGCUUACUUCAUAUAUGGCCAUAGUGUUUCUGUGAGGGAGAGUAUCAAGUACUUCAAAAGCCCGAUCUAUUACUACUAUUUCCAAUACAAGAGUAGUUGGUCAUGGUCUAAACUACUCGGUGAUCCCGUUAGAGACUAUGGGGUUUGUCAUGCUGAUGAUCUUCAAUACUUUUUUCCAAUUCGUGAAGUCAAAGCUCCAAGUCCAUAUUCUGAAGAAGAUUAUGCAAUGAUAGACGUUAUGACAACAAUGUGGUAUAACUUUGCAAGCACUGGAAAUCCGACGCCGGUCAAUGGAGGUUUCCCAGCCCUUUGGAAGCCUAUGCAUUCGGGUUCUAUCGAUCAACUAGUUAUUGAGAGCCCUACGAGUAUGAGGAUGGCCCAAAAUCUACAUAAGGGUAGUUUCCAAUUCUGGGACAGCCUGCCGUGUCCCGCAGGACUCGCACCAGAAACCAAACGUGGGCCAGCGUAGUCCCUUAUGUAUUAAUGAUGUUGAUUGUCUAUUAUUUUACAAUUCUUUCGAAAGAUCUCAUCUAGAAUAGUUAUGAUGACGAUAUGUGGUUUUCUUUAAAUGAUUACCUCAAGUCAAGAUGAAAGAAUCUUUAUAUAAACGAUAAGUGAUGAAAUGUUUGAUGAUGCAUCAUACAUAUUUCCAUAGGAUAGACGUAAGCUGAUACUCAUUUGUUAUAAGAGAAAAAAAAGAUAUUAUGGGAUCCAUUAAUCGUACUUCCUAAUUAUAAAUGUGAUGUAAAUACCGUACUAAUUGCAUUGUUCUGUAUUCAAUGUAUUGUGACAACAACUACCUUAUAGUCAUUGAUGUAUUAAUACAUGAGACAAUGAUAAUUUGCUAUGUAUAUAGGAAAGUGAAAUACAGAGAAAGAAGAAUAUUUCUCCAAAAAUAAAAAGAGUUA